AUGUUAGAUAAGACUAUUAUAAGUUACUAUGGUUAUAAUACUAAAAUUCAACUUGUUUUAGAUGAACAAAAGAUGAACAUUGCCAUUAGCCUACUGCCUUGUAUCCUUCCUACUGGAAGGAAUGGGGAAAAAAGAUGCAGCAUUGACGAAGCAAUGAGAUCUUUUUUGGAUGUUAAACCCGUAAGUCAAACUAACUUCCAAAUUAUGCUGAAGGUUAUUGUCUCCUGAAGUCACUCCCCUACAUAUAUGGAUGAAAAGGUCUAGCUGUUUACACUUGCUGUUAUUUCUAGUCAGUUUCCUUCUUCUGAUGGAUAUGAAUGAGCAGAUGAAUUGUGAAUGAUCAAAUAAAUAAACUAACAUGUUCUCAGGAAUUCACAAUUCGUAUACUCAAAAUACGAUAAUUGCAUUCGAAAACAAAAAUUGAAAGUGUAUAAACAGGGCCUCGACAUAUAUGUCCGCUUGGCAAUGCCGUCAGUCCAAUAGGCAUUGCAUGGCCAGUAUUCCCUUAAAAUAAAGCAAUCUGUAGUUGCCAAAUGAAUAUGAUUCUUUGAUCAUUUAUAGAUUGGUACAAACAUGCCCAAACUACUUGAGGAAGCCAGUCGAUCUCCAUUUAUAUUGGCUAUUGGCGCUCGAGAAAGUCCCAAUCAAGUUUUUGUGGUUGUCGAUGGACAAGGCUUGGAGCAGCCCAGUCUUGUUAAAGCUGUUGAUGUCUGCUUUAAACUUUUUUACAUUCUAGAUGUACAUUACCCAUGGCAGUGUGCUGUAACGUGGGAGUUCAUUCAAAAAGUGCUGUAUGGAAUCGAGGACAAACUGAAAGGCAAGACCUCGCCAGCAGUUAUUGCAAUGAGAGCUGCCUUAAACAAAUGA